CUGCAGUAAAUUCUCCAUAGCUGCGACCAAGGAGCCAUCUUCCUCUCCUGCACCAAACAUCUUUAUCUUACAUGUUUGAUACAGCUUUCUGCUGAGAGUAUGAGAUGAGACAGUUCACUUCUCUGUGUUCCCUGGCAAAACACAAUGUACCAUUCAAAACCUCCACCCUGCAUGGCCUGAACCAUGUUCCUGUACGCUAUUCCUCCCUGUCUGCCAUACAUCGAGGGUUGAGAGAUUCCGAGAAGUCCCGCCCCCAGGGCUUCGCAAGGGGAGCCCUCGACACUUCGGCCUCCCUGAGGACAAAGCGGACUACAUCUCGCAGUCGACGUGAUCCGGAUUGGACCCCCCCGGGCUUCGUAAUCAAGAGGGGCAAGAACGACAUCACUGACGAGGGUCCCAAGCCGAAGUCCAAAAGAGAGAGGUUCAAUGACCCUACCGAGACUUUUGGAAAGAAAAGCCAUGUGUACUUGGCGAAGACUGGCCGACUCCGGGAGGAGCUCGACGCCCUAAAAGGGGACCUCGACCCCACCGACCGAGGGACAUUUGAAAGCAAGUUUACCGGCAAAUUCAACGACGACUUUGGCCAAGGCCGCUCGUCCCGAGGCAAAGACGAGCGUCGCCCCUCAGGGUUUGCCAGGUCCGGCGGCAGAGACAACGCGAGGUUUGCCUCCAAAGGCCAUGGCAGCAGAUCUGACCACAGAGCCGCUCCGUCACGGGACGACGGGGGCAGGGGAAGAUCUGGUGACAGGCCAGCACGCCGCUUUGACGAUAGGGACAGCAGACGGCCUAGCGACAGGCCUGCUCGUCGCUUCGAAGAUAGAGACGGUGGAAUGUCUGGCGACAGGAAUAACGGCCGGUCUCAGUACAGGCCAGCUCCUAGAUCAGAAGACCGCACCUCCAGAUUUGAUAACUCCUCAACUGAGGACGGGCAAAGCUUCCGGCCUACCGUGCCAAGUCAUGACUUGCCCAUACGAAUCCGUCACACCACUGCUGCAUCACAGUUCCUGUACGGUCGUUCAGUGGUAGAAGCUGCGAUGAAAGCUUCGCGUCGAAAGAUCUAUCAUCUGUACCUAUAUGCGGGCCGUGACCGACAGAACUUGGUUCAAGACGCAAGUUUGGAAAACCUGGCAAGAAAGCAAGGUGUGGAGGUCACCAAGAUCUACGACAAUGAUGGUUUGCGCAUGAUGGACAAGAUGAGUGUCGGCAGGCCACAUAACGGCUGCGUUCUCGAGACUUCCCCAACACCGCAGAUACCGCUGAAGAGCCUCGGACAGCUAUCCGAGGACCCGUCAAAGCCUGGCAUCAACAUCGAAUUAGCAUAUCAGUCGGCAGAAGAUGCAGCCAUCAACGGGACACCUGACAUGAUCCCUUACCACAGCAAGAAUAACAGAAACCCAUUCUUCUUGUUGCUGGAUGGCAUCCUAGAUCCCGGUAAUCUCGGAGCCAUUCUCCGAUCUGCAGCAUUUCUAGGUGUUACGGGUGUGGUAAUCAGCAAGGGUGGAUCCGCCGGCCUCACACCUGUAUCCCUCAAGGCAUCUUCCGGCGCCUCAGAAGUACUGCCGCUCUAUUCUGUAAGCUCGACUCCGGAUUUCCUCGAGAGGUCGAAGGAGAAUGGCUGGAUGAUAUAUGCCUCUGUGGCCGCCGGUCCUCGUUCGAGGGGCAACUCCCACCUCACGCUCGAUCGCGUCGAAGCCUACGACCCUCUUUCGGAGAACCCUACAAUUCUCGUAAUCGGUAGCGAAGGAGAAGGUCUCGAAAAGAAGAUCAAGCGAUUGGCAGACUUCGAGGUCUCCAUCCCAGGACAAUCAGGGCUAUUGAGCACGAUAGACAGUCUGAACGUCAGUGUUGCCACCGGAAUUAUGUGCUCGGCAUUUCUGAAGAAGAAUCAGGGAUUUGAGAUUGAGGAGUCAACGGAAAGCAUCAAGGAGCAGAAUAGCGAUGAAUCUCCACUCUGGUAAAAAACCAUGUGUUAAUAUGUAUGAGUAUGUAUAACCUGUACAAACAAACGGAUAGAUAGGGGGGGCAUGCAUAUAAUGAUACCCAAAAUAUAUUGCAUUAAUACAGC